CGCGGCGCUCUCUCGCGCGCCCGGUGUCUCCCUCUCCCUGCCUCUGCAGAAACAGCUCCCUGCCAGAACGGCGCUCGGCGCGGCGCGGCCCGGAGCGGCGGCGGCGGCCCCUCUUCCUGCCUGCUCGCCCUCAGGAGUUGCUGGAUCUUUUUGACAGAGAAACGCCGACGGGGGGCCUCGGGGAGGACUCGGCACGAGCGGGCGGAGACGUUUCAGCCCCCUGCUGGCCCGGGCGGACCCCCUCUCCCCCGUCUGGGGGUCCGCCGCUCCCCCACUCCCCUCCUUUCCGCCUCUUCUUGCUCUGCCUCUCUCGAUUGAUUUUUUUCAAAUGGUGUAGCCGCCAGAGGUGCGGUGCUAAAUUCUUGGAAGGGGCCCGGAUGUACUGAGGAUGCAUUACAAUUUCACAAAAGGAGGCAGUAGUGGAAAGGAGCAGUUUUUGGUGUUUGAUGCAAUAAUGGGAAUCAGGUAAUCAUCAGAAGGGAAGAAGAAAUACUGCAGAUCCACGGCUUCCUUGAAUUUUGCACGAAAGCCGACCUCGGAGGAGGGAUUUAAUCCAGACCCGCUUGGGGGUGUUUUGCCAUUUCUUCCUCUUCGUGGCUUCUCCUUUUAAAACAAUUUUUGGUCCAUGGUCAAUGAGAACACGAGGAUGUACAUUCCAGAGGAAAACCAUCAAGGUUCCAACUAUGGGAGCCCACGCCCAGCUCAUGCCAACAUGAAUGCCAAUGCUGCUGCGGGGCUCGCCCCUGAGCACAUCCCCACGCCGGGGGCUGCCUUGUCCUGGCAGGCGGCCAUUGAUGCGGCCCGGCAGGCCAAGCUGAUGGGUAGCGCCGGCAACGCGACCAUCUCCACGGUCAGCUCCACGCAGCGGAAGCGGCAGCAGUAUGGGAAGCCCAAGAAGCAGGGCAGCACGACGGCCACGCGCCCGCCCCGUGCCCUGCUCUGCCUGACUCUGAAGAACCCCAUCAGGAGGGCGUGCAUCAGCAUUGUCGAAUGGAAACCAUUUGAAAUAAUUAUUUUACUGACUAUUUUUGCCAAUUGUGUGGCCUUAGCGAUCUAUAUUCCCUUUCCAGAAGACGACUCCAACGCCACCAAUUCCAACCUGGAACGAGUGGAAUAUCUCUUUCUCAUAAUUUUUACUGUGGAAGCAUUUUUAAAAGUAAUAGCCUAUGGACUUCUCUUUCACCCCAACGCUUACCUCCGCAAUGGUUGGAAUUUACUAGAUUUUAUAAUUGUGGUUGUAGGGCUUUUUAGUGCAAUUUUAGAACAAGCAACCAAAGCCGACGGGGCAAAUGCUCUGGGAGGGAAAGGAGCUGGAUUUGACGUGAAGGCACUGAGGGCAUUCCGCGUGCUGCGCCCGUUGCGCCUGGUGUCUGGAGUCCCAAGCCUCCAGGUGGUUCUGAAUUCCAUUAUCAAGGCUAUGGUGCCCCUGCUGCAUAUUGCCCUGUUAGUGCUGUUUGUCAUCAUCAUCUAUGCCAUCAUUGGCCUGGAGCUUUUCAUGGGGAAGAUGCAUAAGACCUGCUACAACCAGGAGGGCAUAGCAGAUGUUCCAGCAGAAGAUGAUCCUUCCCCUUGUGCUCUGGAGACAGGCCAUGGGCGGCAGUGUCAGAACGGCACUGUGUGCAAGCCCGGGUGGGACGGGCCCAAGCACGGCAUCACCAACUUCGACAAUUUUGCCUUCGCCAUGUUGACGGUGUUCCAGUGCAUCACCAUGGAGGGCUGGACAGAUGUGCUGUACUGGGUCAAUGAUGCCGUAGGAAGGGACUGGCCCUGGAUCUAUUUUGUUACACUAAUCAUCAUAGGGUCAUUUUUUGUACUUAACUUGGUUCUCGGUGUUCUUAGCGGAGAGUUUUCCAAAGAGAGGGAGAAGGCCAAGGCUCGGGGAGAUUUCCAGAAGCUUCGAGAGAAGCAGCAGCUAGAAGAGGACCUGAAGGGCUACCUGGACUGGAUCACCCAGGCAGAGGACAUUGACCCCGAGAACGAGGAUGAAGGCAUGGAUGAGGAAAAGCCCCGAAACAUGAGCAUGCCCACAAGUGAGACCGAGUCUGUCAACACCGAAAACGUGGCUGGAGGUGACAUCGAGGGAGAAAACUGCGGGGCCAGGCUGGCCCACCGGAUUUCCAAAUCAAAGUUCAGCCGCUACUGGCGCCGGUGGAAUCGGUUCUGUAGAAGAAAGUGUCGUGCUGCAGUCAAGUCUAAUGUCUUCUACUGGCUUGUGAUCUUCCUUGUGUUCCUCAACACACUCACCAUCGCCUCGGAACACUACAACCAGCCCCACUGGCUCACGGAGGUCCAAGACACAGCCAACAAGGCACUGCUGGCCCUUUUCACUGCAGAGAUGCUGCUGAAGAUGUACAGCCUGGGCCUGCAGGCCUACUUUGUCUCCCUGUUCAACCGCUUCGACUGCUUCAUUGUGUGUGGGGGCAUCCUGGAGACCAUCCUGGUAGAGACCAAGAUCAUGUCUCCCUUGGGCAUCUCUGUGCUGAGAUGUGUCCGGCUACUGCGGAUAUUUAAAAUCACAAGGUACUGGAACUCCUUAAGCAACCUAGUGGCAUCCUUGCUGAAUUCUGUGCGCUCCAUUGCCUCCCUGCUGCUGCUCCUCUUCCUCUUCAUCAUCAUCUUCUCCCUCCUGGGGAUGCAGCUCUUUGGAGGAAAGUUCAACUUUGAUGAAAUGCAGACCCGGAGGAGCACAUUUGAUAACUUUCCCCAGUCCCUUCUCACCGUGUUUCAGAUCCUGACCGGGGAGGACUGGAAUUCGGUGAUGUAUGAUGGGAUCAUGGCUUAUGGCGGCCCCUCUUUUCCAGGGAUGUUAGUCUGUAUUUACUUCAUCAUCCUCUUCAUCUGUGGAAACUAUAUCCUACUGAAUGUGUUCUUGGCCAUUGCUGUGGACAACCUGGCGGAUGCUGAGAGCCUCACGUCUGCCCAAAAGGAGGAGGAAGAAGAGAAGGAGAGAAAGAAGCUGGCCAGGACUGCCAGCCCAGAGAAGAAACAAGAGGUGGUGGAGAAGCCAGCAGUGGAGGAGACCAAGGAGGAGAAAAUUGAACUGAAAUCUAUUACUGCUGAUGGAGAGUCCCCACCCACCACCAAGAUCAACAUGGAUGACCUCCAGCCCAAUGAAAAUGAGGAUAAGAGUCCCUACCCCAACCCAGAAAAUACAGGAGAAGAGGAUGAGGAGGAGCCUGAGAUGCCUGUGGGCCCCCGCCCCCGCCCGCUCUCGGAGCUGCACCUGAAGGAAAAGGCAGUGCCCAUGCCAGAAGCCAGUGCAUUUUUCAUCUUCAGCCCCAACAACAGAUUUCGCCUCCAGUGUCACCGCAUUGUCAAUGACACGAUCUUCACCAACCUGAUCCUCUUCUUCAUUCUGCUCAGCAGCAUUUCCCUGGCGGCUGAGGACCCCGUCCAGCACACCUCCUUCAGGAACCAUAUUCUGUUUUAUUUUGACAUUGUUUUCACUACCAUUUUCACCAUUGAAAUUGCUCUGAAGAUCCUAGGCAAUGCAGACUAUGUCUUCACUAGUAUCUUUACAUUAGAAAUUAUCCUUAAGAUGACUGCUUAUGGGGCUUUCCUACACAAGGGCUCUUUUUGCCGAAACUACUUCAACAUCUUGGACCUGCUGGUGGUCAGCGUGUCCCUCAUUUCCUUUGGCAUCCAGUCCAGUGCAAUCAACGUGGUGAAGAUCUUGCGAGUCCUGAGAGUCCUCAGGCCCCUGAGGGCCAUCAACAGGGCCAAGGGGCUAAAGCACGUGGUUCAGUGCGUGUUCGUCGCCAUCCGGACCAUCGGGAACAUCGUGAUUGUAACCACGCUGCUUCAGUUCAUGUUCGCCUGCAUCGGCGUGCAGCUUUUCAAGGGAAAGCUCUACACCUGCUCAGAUAGUUCCAAACAGACUGAGGCAGAAUGCAAGGGUAACUACAUCACAUACAAAGAUGGGGAGGUCGAUCACCCCAUCAUCCAACCCCGCAGCUGGGAGAACAGCAAGUUUGACUUUGACAACGUUCUGGCGGCCAUGAUGGCCCUCUUUACUGUCUCUACCUUUGAGGGAUGGCCAGAGCUGCUGUACCGCUCCAUCGACUCCCACACAGAAGACAAGGGCCCCAUCUACAACUACCGUGUGGAGAUCUCCAUCUUUUUCAUCAUCUACAUCAUCAUCAUUGCCUUCUUCAUGAUGAACAUCUUCGUGGGUUUCGUCAUCGUCACCUUCCAGGAGCAGGGGGAGCAGGAAUACAAGAACUGUGAGCUGGACAAGAACCAGCGACAAUGCGUGGAAUAUGCCCUCAAGGCCCGGCCCCUGCGGAGGUACAUCCCCAAGAACCAGCAUCAGUACAAAGUGUGGUACGUGGUCAACUCCACCUACUUUGAAUACCUGAUGUUCGUCCUCAUCCUUCUCAACACCAUCUGCUUGGCCAUGCAGCACUAUGGCCAAAGCUGCCUCUUCAAAAUUGCCAUGAACAUCCUCAACAUGCUCUUCACUGGCCUCUUCACCGUGGAGAUGAUUCUGAAGCUCAUUGCCUUCAAACCCAAGGGUUACUUUAGUGAUCCCUGGAAUGUUUUUGACUUCCUCAUCGUAAUUGGCAGCAUAAUUGACGUCAUUCUCAGUGAAACUAAUCACUAUUUCUGUGAUGCAUGGAAUACAUUUGACGCCUUGAUUGUUGUGGGUAGCAUUGUUGAUAUAGCAAUCACCGAGGUAAACCCAGCUGAACAUACCCAAUGCUCUCCCUUUAUGAACGCAGAGGAGAACUCCCGCAUCUCCAUCACCUUCUUCCGCCUCUUCCGGGUCAUGCGCCUGGUCAAGCUGCUGAGCCGAGGGGAGGGAAUCCGGACCUUGCUGUGGACCUUCAUCAAGUCCUUCCAGGCCCUGCCCUAUGUGGCUCUUCUAAUAGUGAUGCUGUUCUUCAUCUACGCAGUGAUCGGGAUGCAGGUGUUUGGGAAAAUUGCCCUGAAUGACACCACAGAGAUCAACCGGAACAACAACUUCCAGACCUUCCCCCAAGCUGUGCUGCUUCUCUUCAGGUGUGCCACAGGGGAGGCAUGGCAGGAUAUCAUGCUGGCCUGCAUGCCAGGGAAGAAGUGUGCCCCCGAGUCGGAGCCCAGCAACAGCACAGAAGGUGAAACACCCUGUGGCAGCAGCUUCGCGGUCUUCUACUUCAUCAGCUUCUACAUGCUCUGUGCCUUCUUGAUCAUCAACCUCUUUGUAGCUGUCAUCAUGGACAACUUUGACUACCUGACAAGGGACUGGUCAAUUCUUGGUCCCCAUCAUCUGGAUGAAUUUAAAAGAAUCUGGGCAGAGUAUGAUCCUGAAGCCAAGGGUCGUAUCAAACACCUGGACGUGGUGACCCUGCUCCGGCGGAUUCAGCCCCCACUGGGUUUUGGGAAGCUAUGCCCUCACCGUGUGGCUUGCAAACGCCUGGUCUCCAUGAACAUGCCUCUGAACAGUGAUGGGACAGUCAUGUUCAAUGCUACCCUGUUCGCCCUGGUCCGGACAGCCCUGCGGAUCAAAACAGAAGGGAACCUAGAACAAGCCAAUGAGGAGCUGCGGGCCAUAAUCAAGAAGAUCUGGAAGCGGACCAGCAUGAAGCUGCUGGACCAAGUGGUGCCCCCAGCGGGUGAUGACGAGGUCACAGUUGGCAAGUUUUAUGCUACUUUCCUGAUCCAAGAGUACUUCCGGAAAUUCAAGAAGCGCAAAGAGCAGGGCCUGGUGGGCAAACCCUCCCAGAGGAACGCCCUAUCCCUGCAGGCUGGCUUGCGCACGCUGCAUGACAUCGGGCCUGAGAUCCGACGGGCCAUCUCUGGAGAUCUGACGGCUGAGGAGGAGCUGGACAAGGCCAUGAAGGAAGCUGUGUCUGCUGCCUCUGAAGAUGACAUCUUCCGGAGGGCCGGUGGCCUGUUCGGCAACCACGUCAGCUACUACCAAAGUGACGGCCGGAACGCCUUCCCCCAGACCUUCACCACCCAGCGUCCACUGCACAUCAACAAGGCGGCUAACAGCCAAGGCGACACCGAGUCGCCAUCCCACGAGAAACUGGUGGACUCCACUUUCACCCCCAGCAGCUACUCAUCCACUGGCUCCAACGCCAACAUCAACAAUGCCAACAACACUGCCCUGGGCCGCUUCCCCCGCCCCGCUGGUUACCCCAGCGCAGUCAGCACUGUGGAGGGCCACGGGCCCCCCUUGUCUCCUGCAGUCCGGGUACAGGAGGCCACAUGGAAGCUCAGCUCCAAGAGGUGCCACUCCCGGGAGAGCCAGAUUGCCAUGGUGUGUCAGGAGGCGGUCUCUCAGGACGAGACCUAUGAGGUGAAGCUGAGCGAGGACACAGAGUACUGCAGCGAGCCCAGCCUGAUCUCCACAGAGCUGCUCUCCUAUCAGGAUGAUGAAAACCGGCAAUUAACACCGCCUGAGGACAAGAGAGACAUCCGGCAAUCUCCAAAGAGGGGUUUCCUCCGCUCUGCCUCACUAGGUCGAAGGGCCUCCUUCCACCUGGAAUGUCUGAAGCGACAGAAGAAUCAAGGCGGAGACAUCUCUCAGAAGACAGUCCUGCCCUUGCAUCUGGUUCAUCAUCAGGCAUUGGCAGUGGCGGGCCUGAGCCCCCUCCUCCAGAGAAGCCAUUCCCCGAGCACGUUCCCCAGGCCGUGCGCCACGCCCCCAGCCACACCCGGCAGUCAAGGCUGGCCCCCGCAGCCGAUCCCCACCCUGCGGCUGGAGGGGGCCGAGUCCAGCGAGAAACUCAACAGCAGCUUCCCGUCCAUCCACUGCAGCUCCUGGUCCGGGGAGCCCGCGCCCUGCGGUGGGGGCAGCAGCGCCCUGCGGAGAGCCCGGCCGGUGUCCCUCACUGUGCCCAGCCAGGCUGGGGCCCGGGGCCGGCCGUUCUACGGCAGUGCCAGCAGCCUGGUGGGUGCGGUCUUGAUUUCAGAAGGACUGGGGCAGUUUGCUCAAGAUCCCAAGUUUAUCGAGGUCACAACCCAGGAGCUGGCUGACGCCUGUGACAUGACCAUAGAGGAGAUGGAGAACGCCGCCGACAAUAUCCUCAGUGGGGGCACCCAGCAGAGCCCCAACGGCACCCUACUACCUUUUGUUAACUGCAGGGACCCAGGGCAGGACAGAGCCGGGGGCCAAGAGGGCGAGAGCUGCGCCGGGGCUCGGGCGUGUCGGAAGAGCGAGGAGGAGCGCCAGGACAGCAGAGCCCACGCCGGCAGCCUGUAGUUGCUAGGGCUGGGGAGACGCUGGGUUUUUUAUUUGUUUCAAUGUUCCUAAUGGGUUCGUUUCAGAAGUGCCUCACUGUUCUCGUGACCUGGAGUUAACCGGAACAGCGUCUUCAUUCAUUUCGUUGGGACAAGACGCAGAGUUGGGUGGUGUGCAGAGUCCGUUUUCUGGGGGGAAAGAAGGCAGCAACCCCAGUUUGUGUUGUGUCCACAGAGGUAGAGUGGUGAGGAGGAGUGGAAGAAUCAGGGAGGGAGAGAAAGAGAAGAGACGUCUGCC